ACGGCUCAAUUCAACAUAAAUUCCCGAAUAUUUGUAAAAGUGCAUAAAAUUCAGAGUAGAAUUUCAAUUACAUCAAAAUGCACACAAGUCCAUUAACUUUCAAUCAGUUUUAAGGUGAUUUAAUAAAAAAGAGCGCGAAACUGUCAAAAUAUAAAAAAUUGGUGGCCAGUAGACUGUACGUAGAUUCAAAUUGUCAAUAGAGACCCAGAGAUGCAGUCUAACGAAAUAGAUUAAACACGAAGAAAGAACGAGUGAAAUGCAUGAAACGAACCGAUUCACAGAAACAUUUGAAGUUGAGGCUCAAACACGACGUUCCUACUCAUACAAGAGUCUGCGCACACAACCAAACUGAUAAUAGCCAAACAUCGGUGACCAUUUACGGACGAAACACAAACAAACGAAUAUCGGCUACAUAUUAGGGUGGCUCCAUUUUGCUCAAUUCAGUUGUUGGUUUUCGAAGCGACAAACGUGAUGUGGGUCAUUUUAUAAUUUAAAAAAAUAAUCUUUCUCUGAAAAUUCCGAAAAAUAACACAAACCAUAUCGUCAGAUUGUAAAUUCAUUCUGCAGUUCGUUCUCAUCAAUUGCGCUUUUGCACAAAAUACACAUGCAUCGAAUCGACUGUGUUACUCUAUCCAUUACUCUAAUACAACACAUGCGAAGCAAAAAACAAGCAAAUAUUUUGGCUUAUAUGUAUUUUUUCCAUCUUCUUCAUCGCGCGCUACACUUUACAACACGAACGAAAUGUAUAACGUAAAUAGUCAGUCGCUUAGUCAAGAAUUUGUUUUCUGUUGCGAAGCAAAAUCACAUACACAGAAUCUUCAGUGACUUCGAUUUUCUAAAUACUAAUAAGAAGUAAAUACGUUGAAAGUGUUCUGGAUAGAAUAAUCGAAAUAUGCAAUAGAAAGUGGUGUAAAUUGGCUGAGACUAGUGUUGCAAUAAUAACCGAAAUUAACCAAAAUAUUUAGCAACCGCAGAGAGCAACAACAACAACAACAACAACAACAACAACAACAACAACAACAACAAAACUAGAUUGAGAGCAAAAGUGUUUGCAAGUGGAAUAACGCGAGUGUAUGAAAUAAAUAGACGGUGUACAAACGCAUAUAUCAAAACAAUCAAACCAAAGGAAAACAUCGGACACUUUUCCACAAUCGUUUGGUGUCUUGUUAUGCGAUUUAUUGAGUCCUUCCUAAAAACUAUUGUCCAAAGUCGUGUGAGUGUAAUGUAGAUGAUACAAUUUGACCAAAACAAUAAAGAAGAGCAACGAAAUUUCGAAAGAAAAAGGUUUGUGUAAAGUUGAAACGUACAAUUAUUCUAAUGUGAAUUGACAACGAGUUGAGUGUGCAGUUGUGUGUAUCUGUUGUGUGUGUGUGUGUGUAUGUUGGCUGUCGUGUAUGUGUGUGUAUGUAUAUUUUGGUUUUAUUUUCAUGGGUUGAUAUGGACAUAAAUUUCGAUGAACAUCAAACGAUGAUGUGGUUUCCUUCUUCUGUUGACCAUAAAUUAAUUUAGACAAGAUGAAAUAGAUCAAUGAAGAAUAUCUCAUUUGGCAUAUAAUCCCUAAUAAUGCAUACCAAACCAAAAUUUCAUGCAGUGGCUUGUAUACUGAUAAUCUCGUCACACAAUUCAAGACAUUCAAACACAAUAAAAACGUAUAUGAAAACAAAGUAAGGGAAUUUUGUAAACAAACAUUUCGAUUCGAGGAUUCAUCCUCGACGCAAUGGGCAGCCAAUUUACAAUUUUGCCAGCAUCUGAUCGACUAUUGGUGAAAAAAACGCCAAAUAUCGAAUACAUACAGGUGAAUAAAUGAAGUGACCUACUAAAUGGAAAAUUUUGUACAAGUUUUUUUUAUUACUUGCUGCUGCUGCUACUGCUCCUCCUCUCGAGUCAAUUGUAAACUAAAAGAGAUACAUACAUACAUUUAUACCGUGCUCGCUCGUUCUCGGUCUCCCUCAUGGUGCAUGCAUGGAUGUGGUGUAUGUAAGCGUGUGUCGUGUGUUGAUACUGAAUCACUUUUACCAAUAUAAAAGCGACUAUUAGAAUGACGGCCUAUAUGUGUAUGUGCCGUUGUUGUUUACGCGAUUCGACCGUGCUCUGUAGUUUGAAUCGGUGUAUGUUGUGUGCGUCGGUGUGGGUGCGCGGUUGUCCGAAAAUAUCUAUGUGUUUUUAUCGGUUGUGCCGUGCCGUGUCGUAGAGGAUUCCGUUGCCUUCCUAAAUUAUUUUUUUUCUUUGCCUACACACAAUUGACUUGCAUUUUGGUGCUUCUUCGGUGUGUGCAGCAGGCCCCAAUACAAUGGUGAAAUGUGGUCGUUUGUGCAUGUGUAUGUGUGUGAUGUGUGCGCGACAAAAUCAUACGCGCCUGAUACGACACAGAAAUGUAAACGUUUCAAAAUAAAGACCAACUAAAAAAUGAUAUGGGUCAUAAAUGAAGAAUAAUGCACAGUUCCGUGUGAUCAAUGGCCAGUUCAUUUUUUUGUUCAAGAGUUGCACACAUAUUCGCCUCAAAUGUCGUUGACUCACAAGAUAAAGAUUAAUUCAAUGGUUGCGGGCUAAAAACCUUCAGCUGCCAACAUCCAACAUUUGAAAGGUCUAAUCAGUUGUCAGACUCUCGAUAAAAAUUCCAAAAAAUCUCUUCGAUCUUCCGAUUGGACUGAACCCAUUUCAACUCUAUGUAAAAUUGUGAUUCGAUUCGAUGGAAGCAAAAAAUUUGAUUGAUUUCAGUUGUGUUGGGUGUUGAUGUCAAAAAGAUAAAUUCCAUGGAUUUGUUCCAAUCGAAACUCCAUUUCAGUUUCCAAUACGAAAUGAUAUCGUCUGCUUGGUGAGGUGCAAUGUUGUUGUUUAUCGGUUGUCGAAACGGCGGUAAAUCGCAUACGUGAGAAGAACAUACACAAAGAAGAAAAAACAAUAUCAAUACAAAAAACGCCGUGUUGAUCUCAAAUAUACACGUACAUCAUCGCAAAUAACAUCGAUGUGAGUCUCGUUUUGAUUCGUCCGGAUUCGUUUGCCGAUUAAAUCUUGCCGAAAAUGCAACACAACCAUCUCAUUUGCACCGCGUUGGUUCAUUUCGUUCGUUCAAUGUUUUAUCAAUUUUACAAUACAUCAGACGAGAUAUUCGGUGAAUAUUUUGAUAUUUGGUUGGUUAGUCUCGUACAUGUGUUCGCGCAUCGUGGUAUGUGUAAGUGUCUGUGUGUGUGUGUGAGUGUGUGUGUGGUGUAUAUGUGUCAUGACUAUGAGUGCGCGUAUAAGAAUGUGUGUAUGUUUACAAAAUUUAUGGCCAAGUGCAGAACUACUUAUGAGAGAUGCAGCCAAUCCCGAAAAUACGAAGUCGAUAACAUUGAAAGUGUUGUUCUUGACUCACGUAACGUAAUGAAAUUGUGAUAAGAAUUUCUUCGGUGAUUUGAUUUUUUCUACCAAACGAAAAUUUCCAUGCCAAGAUCGCCGAGCAGCAACAAAGCGAAAUCACCGAAUUGUUAUCGAAAGUUUUCAUUAUUGGCGGCUCUAACCAAAAGUAGUUUAGCUCUGUCUCUCGUGUGUUUCGAUUGGUAUCGACGGCAUGCACACCAACACCAAUACACACACACAAAUACACUCAAAACACACUCACACACGAUUUGUGUGGUUCGCGUGUGCGUGCGUGUAUAUGCCUAUCUAUAUUGCUCUGCCUUGUCUAUUUCAGUUUGAAUUCACAGUGUUGUUGCUCUUGUGUUGUGUUAUGUACAUUUUAUUUUUUGAUCUCUUCGACUAUAUUUUAAUCUGUUCCGUCAAUUUUCACUUCAUUUUAGCGCACUUUGUGAAGAAAAGAAUGUGCAAUCGUUUGUAUUUGCUGCUGACCCAUCGGAUUCAAACCAAAUUGGCUGCAAUGACAACAACAAUAAUAAUAAAAUAAUAACAAACAUCAAUCGAAGCAGAAGUCAUCAAUUGAGAAAAAGAAGAACACAAGAGUGCUAAAUAGAUAAAAUUCAGUUGCAUCGUUUUGAAAUCACAAACAAACAAACAAAUAAACAGGCAUUGAGUGUCAUGAUAAUCGAUUCGACAGUGUAUAUGCGUAUGAUUUGCGUGCUCCUUUCCAAAUUCGAUUGAAGUUGAACAGAGAGAGAGAGAGAGAGAGAGAGAGAGAAAGAGAGAGAGAGAGAGAGAGAGAGAGAGAGAGAGAAAGAGAGAGAGAGAGAGGGAGAGAGAGAAGUAAAGAGUGACACUCUCAACAAGCGGGAGUGACGAAUAAUAAAGUGUCGCAACGUGUGAAAUGAAUACAGAAUAGUGAAAGAGAGUACUAAAUGAGAUAUACUCGAAAAGAAAACCAAUUUUAAAAGGUUUUCAAUCCAAAAAAAAAAAUCCGAUUCCAAUGAUUGCGCGCGAAAGUGGAUUCAAUCGCCAAUUGAUAUCAGUGUGUUUGUGUAGCGCAGAUAUUUUUCAUCAUUUGACACCAAAGCAACAAUGGUGUUUUGAGUUGUAAAAACAAUAAAUAAACCUUGAAUACUGACAUUUUUCUGAGAGAGUGGUCGAGAAAAGACAAAAGACAAAUAACAAGGAGAAAAUCGAAAAAAAAAAUCCAGUGUGAUUUUAAGUGAACGUGAACUUGGUACAAGAACCAAAGCUCAAUCUACCAAUCAAAUUUCAAUCGCCCGCAAAAUGGCUACAUUCAGCUUGUGUACGUGUACAUUCCAAAAAACUGUUAAAUGUAUGCCGGCCGAGAAUCACAAGUGAUUUGAGAAAAGCAUAGCUGAAAAGUUUACUUUCAAUCCAUCGUUGUUGCACGAGGCUCGUGCGCAGACAAAAGAAUAUCUGUGACGUACGUUAAAUGUUAGAAGAAAGAUUUGCGAAAAAGAGCGGGUGAACGAAAGAGAAAAAACAUGAGUCUUCAUACAGAAAGAACGGAACAACUGUUGCCGACCAGUUUGAUGAAUCUUGGCGGACAAAGCCGAUCAUCGACAACACCAACCACAGCCACAUCCGCAUUACCGUCUUUGCACGUUGCAUCCGAGGAUAAGGACAGUAUCUACACAUUUUCAAAUGAUGAAACCGAUUUUAUGGAUCACAGUAAAUUUGGCAGUCGCUUGAGUUCAAGCGUUAUGAACGCUACCUUCCCAUCGACUACCGAUAAAAAUUUGAAUGAUACACGGAAUUUGACGCUAAAAGAAAGCAUCCGAACGUAUAGCAAGAAAAAAGUAUCAUCGUCCGUUUCGCCACGAAACAAUCGCAAUAAAAGAACUCCCACACUGGCAACUAAUUAUUCAACGACGCCAUCCUGCUCACCGUUACAAUCGUUGAGCUCCUCCGUUCCUUUGUCGCCGAUGUUCUCCGACGAAUCCAAUAAUUCACAAACACAGAAAUCCAAUGGAAGUGCACAAACAGAUCAAUCGUCCGUGUCACCGACUACGUCAGUUGUGAAAAAGUCUCCCUCAGGCGGAAAACCAAAAUCAUUUGCGAUGGCUGUUGAAUCGAGUAAAAAGUCGUCGUCGACUGCAGCAGCUAAAACGGGGUCAAGGGGUCGACCGAAACGUAAAGCACUUGUGGCUAUGUACCAGAGUCAACUGAGCGAAAACACGAUGGGCAUUAAGAUUCGGUUGAAGAAAUCACUUGAAACACCGAUUUCAAUGGCAACUUUGAGUAGUAGUGGUGGCGGUGGCAGUGGCGCUGGCGCUGGCAGUGGUUCGACCAAGAAGAAAUCAAUCACAUCGAUGCCAUCAAUGGGAUCUCCUGGUUUAGCCAGUGCUGUAGCUGGUACAUCAAAAUCGACACGCAAACGACAGCGCAAAUCAAGGCACAAGGACACCAGCGACAGUGACGAUUCUGACUAUGAAAAACGGCGAAAGAACAACAACAUAAAUACGGAAAAGCAUCGAAACCGAAAGCAUACAACGAAUACAGUCACUGACUAUACCGAACCAGACGAACAGAGCCAAUGGGGCAAUGUCAUACCCGAGCACAUUCUAUUGAAAAUAUUUGAAGAAGCAGUCAAUCAGUAUGGCACACUGCCAAUUAUGGUCAACGUUAGCAGGGUAUGCAAACUGUGGAGAUGCGUUUCGCAAACAUCACAGCUAUGGCACACACUCGAUUUGUCCACAUGGACAAAAGAUCGCAGUGAGAUCAAUCUGAAAGGUAUUAUCGCCACUCAUCUAAGAUGGUGCAAGGAUGUUAAUUUAGCAAAUUGGAAAGUGACAAACAUUGAGUGUGUUUUGAAUCACUUGUUGGAAGCGUGUCCCAAUCUAGAAGCCAUUUCACUUGCGGCUUGGAAGGAAUUUACGGGUGAUCAUUUAGCGUAUCUGGUUGAAGGUUUCAAGUCAUUGCAACGAAUUGACUUGAGUUCAGUGAAUCUGGAAUUGAAUCCAAAUCGAUCGGCUGUGGGACCGCAAUCAUUGUGCAAUGCAAUACAAACACUUGGUAGUCGUUUAACACAUCUGAAUUUGGCACAUAAUCGCCUAGCUGGAAUACCUCAACUUAUUACAGCGCUAUCAACACAUUGUCCGAACUUGAGCUUAUUGGACCUAUCGAAUGUGAGCACAGUGGCUGCUUCACAUGGGGUUCUUCACAUCGAAAAGUUGCAGGAAGGAUGUUCACAUCUGAAAGUGUUGCGGAUAACAAAUUCGCAGAUCAGCUUGAGUGCAGCUACACUUGUGGAACAGAUGGAAUCACUGGGUUUUCCUGAACUGGAAGAGUUAUCGGUUGCGUCGCUAGCCGACGAAUCGCGGCUCAUGAAUGACGAGUUUCUGCAACGGAUUUUAAAGACAAGUACAAAAUUGAAGCUGCUAGACGUCAGAGGUUGUGCUCGUUUGACACAUGACACAUUGAUUCGAUUACCAACGUGGGAUUUAAAGCAUCUAUUCUUGUCCGGGUGCUCAGUCACACGCGAUAUUGGUUCGGGUUUGGAAUUGAUUGCAUCGAAAUGGGCACAUAGCUUAACUGAAUUGGAUCUGGCGUGGGCAAAUGUGCAAGAGCCACUGGACAAUGCCAUCAAAGCGAUCGCCGAGAAGGGCGAUGAAUCUCCGCUAAAUCAUUUGAAUUUAUGCGGUUCAUCGGUUUCACUGGAAGCAGUUAAGGAGAUAUUAAGCAAUUGUCGAUAUUUAAACUCAAUUAAUUUGUCAUCGUGCCGUGGUUUGCCGCGAGGUGUGAAGCGAUUGAUGCAAGGCUUUGCCGAAAUUUCAGAGUUGCGCGAAAAUCUUGGUGUUAAAUUAAAGUACGUUGCAAGCAGUGUGGACCGUUCAUUUGAUAGCACAUCACAAAGUGUAACACCAAAUUCGAGUGCAGACGUUGCCGACAAAUAAUAUGCAUGAUUACAAUUUACCUUGAAAAUAUGCAUAGAACGCAGCAGACCAUUCAAUACACGUUAUAUUUCUCUUUGCUAAACAGUUGGUUUAGCCAAGCUAUUCAAUUCAAUGGAUUGCAUCUUUGAAUUGUCCAAUUGAAUAAUUCUGUGCAGGGCGCGAUAAACGCUUCACAUUCAAUUUUGAUUUUGACUAGCCAGUAGUGAAUGGAAGAGAUAAACAUAUUCAAUUACACUUGUUAUUUAACAAUUUAGGCACUACUAAUAAGGCCAAGAAUUUGUAUAGUUAGUAAAUUUAGUUAUUUCUAAAGAAAAACACCCAAAAUUCUAGGAUGAGUCGCUUACUUCUCCGUGAAAAAAAACACACACAAACACUUCAAAAUGCCAAGUGCAUUUUGUAGUGAUUAGGUUUCAAUUGAACGAGACUUUGAAUAUGAAUAUUUGAAUAUGAGGCAAGAGCAAACACUGGAACAUAGCCUCUCACCUCAACAUAAACCACUUUCACAUAUUUGGUAUGUAAAAUAGAACGUACCAAUCGAAACGAAUGAUAGUGUUGUUUUCUUUUUUUUCGAUUUUGUUUUUUGAAAGAAAAAAAAUCUAAAUGUGUAAUAUUUUGGCGAUUGUUGUAAAAAAAUUACAAAAAUUUAAAUCACAUUUUUCUAUUAAACAAAUUAGUAGCGUUAAACGUGAAUUUUUGUAAGAGAGGGCCAACAGCACGCAAGUAAAAUAUUCACUCUCACCCGAUGAAUCCUUUCUUUGCCAGAGACAAUUUCCCCCUUAAUCAUUUCGGCUUGCUUAUAAAACAGUCGCCGCAAAACCGACAACAUUCACAAAACAAACAACUAUACCAAAUGUCUCUCUUUUUUUAGUUGAAGUAUAACGGAGUACUAGAUAAGAAUUGCAAUAGGGAGUAUUCUACAGCAGAAAAAAACAGGACAUUUCGGGUACAAAUGAAGAAACAAACCGAUAUAUACGUAGAGGAUAUUUUCCAUGCAUGGAAAAUUCCAUUUGCAUUAUUUCAAAAAGUAGUAAUUUAUUCACCAUUCAAGAAAAAAAAUAUGGUGGAAAUUUGCACAAAACUCCGAUUAUUAUUGUUCUGUUGAUUUUGUUCGAAGUCAUCCCAACACAAUUUAUUUAUUUAUUAUAACAUAUACAUAUAUGUGUAAAAUUCUGUUUUUUUUUUAUUUUAAUUUUUAUUUCUAAAUUUUUAAAUUAAAUUGUAUCCCAUUUUUUUGUCAUAUAUAUAUUAUCGGUGAAAUUGAAACAAA